AUGACCGGUAAAAUGAAAAUUAAUGUAGAGCAAGUGUAUACAUCUGUUGCAUGCAACCGCACUCCGGAAAUAAUAGACUGGAAUGGACAAGGAGUCAUUUGUUUUGGUGCAACAAACUCUGUUGUUAUUUACGAUACGAAUCUCAGAGGCAAAGACCCUUUAAAAGUAUUGAGCCACCAUAGAUCUCAAGUAAACACGGUGAAAUGGCUACGUAAACCAGAUGGAAGCUGUACUGAACUGAUCUCUGGGUCUGCGGACAAGACUGCUGCUAUAUGGACCUUGGAAGACGGAGUAUGGAAAGUCACCAACAGCCUUGCUGGACAUACAGAUGGUGUCACUUGUAUACAUGGCAUUUACAAUGGAGAUGAGCUUCUGGUUUAUACGGGAUCCAUUGAUUCUACUGUCCGUCUAUGGGAGAGGAAAGAUGGUGUCACUCUACACAAGCAAACAAUAAACUUAAACUCUGGUCUCUGCCUGACACUCCAUGCACACAUCCUACCGACCACAAACAAACCUAUACUGUUCUGUGCCCUGGACGAUCAUAAGAUCCAUGUGUUUGUUGGGGACGAGUACCACAGGGCUCACACAUUGACUGGACAUGAAGACUGGGUGAGGGGACUUGAUGUGCAAGAUGUUGACAACUCAACCAUUAUGCUAGCCUCGGCCUCCCAAGACACAUACAUCCGUCUCUGGCGAAUUGAGAAGCAUGUAAAAAAGCAGCUUACUAAGGGUAUCAAAGUAGAGGAAAAGGUGUUUCCAGCAUAUGGAGAGGACUGGUCAGUGAAGCUGGAAGCUGUGCUGGCUGGACAUGAGGGGUGGGUGUAUGGGGUGCAGUGGCAAUCACCUGCGAUUGGAGAAUCAAACAAAAAGCCAAUCUACAGACUGCUGUCUUCAUCAUUAGACAAGACUGUCAUCAUUUGGGAGCCAGAGUCAUCUCCCAAUAAAGGGGAAGGGGAUGGAGUGUGGGUUGAGCGAGUAAGGGUGGGGGAAGUGGGAGGGAAUGGGUUGGGAUUCUAUGGCAGCAAGUUUGGACCUGGUGGAAAGUCAUUCUUAGCUCACGGAUACAAUGGGUCCUUCCAUGUUUGGAGGUGUUGUAAGGAGACAGGUCAAUGGCGACCGUCAGUAGUGUGUGGUGGCCACUUCAGUGCCGUGGAAGACGUGAAGUGGGAGCGCCAGGGACGGUACCUCAUGAGCGUGUCUGCUGACCAGACCACCAGGGUGCAUGCGCCCUGGAGAACUGAACUUGGCACAGAAUGGCAUGAGAUAGCUCGUCCCCAAGUACACGGGUACGAUCUCUCGUCUCUCGCGCUGGUCAGCAGUACGACCUUCGCGUCCGCUGCGGAGGAGAAGGUCAUCAGAGUGUUCAAGGCACCUCAUAACUUCGUGCAGAACUACCGGAAUAUUACUGGAGAGAUUAUUGAAGGAGAUACUGGAGGUCCGGAAGGUGCAGCGGUGCCCUCACUAGGGCUGUCAAAUAAGGCGGUGUUCAUAGGAGAGGAUGAACAAGGGGACGCUGACGACGAUAAUGACGGGUACUUCGUUCCAGUUGAUAUGACAGAGCCCCCUACGGAAGAGACUCUAAUGCAGCACACGCUAUGGCCGGAGCUGCAGAAGCUGUACGGGCACGGGUACGAGGUGUACUCCCUGGCGGCCAGCCCCGACACCACCGUGCUCGCCUCGGCCUGCAAGGCUACUACUGCUGAACAUGCUGCUGUCUUACUAUGGGACACCACAACCUGGGAACAGAAACAAAAACUAGUUUCCCAUCAACUAACCGUCACACAACUAGCGUUCUCGCCAAACAGUCAGUACCUAGUCUCCGUGUCCCGCGACCGACGUUGGACCUUAUACCAAAGGCAACAAGACACAGAUUUGUUUGAAAUAGUCGCGAGCACGGAUAAAACGAAUGCUGUGCAUACGAGGAUCAUUUGGUGCUGUGCGUGGACGCAGGAUAGUAAGGCAUUCGCUACUGGAUCUAGGGAAGGAAAGGUGUGCAUUUGGUCAGAGAUGGGUCCAACAAACACCUCUCUGGGAGCGUUUGGACUUCUGGGCAAAGCUCUCGAAGUGAACACAGCAGUAACGGCUUUGGACUUCGCCCCACACGACGGCCCCGGCCUUAUACUAGCUGUUGGCUUCGAAACUGGUAUUAUCAGGAUAUACCAGUUUACUGAUGAUGGCUGGCUCCUUCUACAAGAACUUGAUAAUAGCGCGGCGCACCAUUUAGCAGUGAAAAGAUUGACAUUCAAACCUACUGAAGGAAAUAAAAUGAUGUUAGCGAGUUGUGGAAGCGAUCACCUUGUUAGAAUAUACAGUAUUGAUAUAAUUUCUGAAUAA